AUGAAGACAAGCGAUGCCAGCGCAAGCAUGGGCGAUUCCACUUGCCAGAUGUCUGAGCCCGAUUCCAGUCAGCUUCUGGAUAUAUCUUGGAGCGGCAGCCCCGACUCCACAGCGACUUUCGCAAGUACCCCUUCCGGCCGCGGAUCUAAGAAACGUACCCAAACGGCGACAGAGACUUGGGCUCAUGCGAAGAAGUUGAAGCUGGAUGAACAAGUUAGACGUGACCGAGCUGGCAACAGGAUUUGGGUUUGCGGCAAAUGCCCGUGGGAGUCGGCGUCCCUAACCUCUGCCCGAAAUCAUCUCGAUCUACGGCAUGGUGUUAAGAUCAAGGCGCAGCAGCGACAGGUUGUACGGAAGGGGCAGGCCAAGCUUGAGCAAAUUUUUCAACGCCAAGGGCAAAGGAGUCAAGCAGAAGCUGAUGAACGGGAGAGAGGCAUGCUGAGCAAGGCUAUUAACCAGACGGCGUUCGACGAGUCGCUACUUCAGCUUAUAGUCAAAUAA